UGCUGCCUCUGCUGCUGCUGCUGCUCCCUCAGUCACUGCAGUGAGUUUGCUGCAGUCCCCCCCUCAAGCUGCGCUCUCGCUUCAGGCCGUCCAUGCUGCAGCCGGCUCCAGGAGGCAUGCUCACCUUCUUCCUAGUGUCUGGUGGCUCCAUCUGGCUCCUCGUGGAAGUUGCCAUUUCAAUCUUUGAAAAGAUGCAAGCGCAAGAGAUCCUCAGGAACCUGCGGCUUCCAGAGUUUGAAGACUUCAGUCAGUUUUUCCGAAGUUUGCCGGCUACUACUUUGGUUGGCAUUGGUGCCUUUGCAGCUGUUGUUGCUUACUGGUUGACCAACCGGCCAAAAGCAGUGAAACCACCAUGUGACCUCCUGAUGCAAUCAGAAGAAGUUGAGGGCUGGGAUGGUGCACGGAGAUCUGUAAUAGGCGACAGCUCCCAACUGCUAACCCACUACUAUGAUGAUGCAAGGACCAUGUAUGAGGUUUUUAGAAGGGGUUUUAAUAUAUCUGAAAAUGGCCCAUGCUUAGGAUUCAGGAAACCAAAACAGCCUUACCAGUGGUUGUCCUAUAAAGAGGUUGCCGAAAGAGCAGAAGCAUUGGGAUCAGGUUUACUCCAAAAGGGGUGCAAACCAUCAGCAAGUCAGUUUAUUGGGGUUUUUGCACAAAACCGGCCAGAGUGGAUCAUUUCUGAGCUGGCUUGCUAUACCUAUUCCAUGGUUGUGGUUCCCCUGUAUGAUACGUUAGGCCCUGGAGCCAUUCGUUAUAUUAUCAACACAGCUGAUAUUUCUAUAGUAGUUUGUGAUAAGCCUGAAAAAGCCAGAAUCCUCUUAGAAAAUGUAGAGAAAAAACAAACACCGGGCUUGAAAUUCAUUAUUUUGAUGGACCCUUUUGAGAAGGAUCUUAAAGAAAGAGGGCAAAAUUGUGGAGUUCAUAUCCAGGCUAUGCAGGAAGUAGAGGACUGUGGUCGAGAAAAUUGGCGUGCCCCUGUACCUCCUCGACCAGAAGAUCUAUCAAUAGUCUGUUUUACUAGUGGCACUACAGGUAACCCUAAAGGUGCUAUGCUGACUCAUGGGAAUGUGGUUGCUGAUUUUUCAGGUUUUUUGAAAGUGACAGAGAGUCAGUGGUCUCCUACAUAUGAGGAUGCACACAUUUCCUAUUUGCCUUUAGCACACAUGUUUGAGAGAAUGGUACAGUCUGUAGUGUAUUGCCAUGGUGGGCGAAUUGGGUUCUUCCAAGGGGACAUUCGCCUACUGUCUGAUGAUAUGAAAGCACUACGUCCCACCAUAUUUCCUGUUGUGCCGAGACUGCUGAACAGGAUGUAUGACAAGAUCUUCAGUCAAGCAGACACCCCACUGAAACGCUGGCUUCUGGAAUUUGCUGCCGAGCGUAAAAAGGCAGAAGUUCAAAGUGGAAUAAUCAGAAAUGACAGCCUGUGGGAUAAACUAUUCUUUAAUAAAAUACAGGCAAGCCUGGGUGGCUGUGUAAGGAUGAUUGUAACAGGAGCUGCUCCUGCUUCUCCAACUGUUCUGGGCUUCCUUCGAGCAGCCCUAGGAUGUCAGGUCUAUGAAGGCUAUGGUCAAACAGAAUGCACAGCUGGUUGUACCUUCACUACUCCGGGGGACUGGACAUCAGGUCAUGUUGGAGCACCUUUGCCCUGUAAUUUAAUCAAGCUGGUGGAUGUUGAAGAACUAAAUUACUUUUCUUCUAAAGGAGAAGGAGAGAUUUGUGUGAAAGGUCCAAACGUUUUCAAGGGCUACCUGAAAGAUAGAGAGAGAACCACUGAAGCUUUAGACAAGGAUGGAUGGCUUCAUACUGGGGAUGUCGGGAAAUGGUUGCACAAUGGUACACUUAAAAUAAUUGAUCGAAAAAAGCAUAUAUUUAAACUGGCUCAGGGAGAAUACAUUGCACCAGAGAAAAUUGAGAAUAUCUACAUUCGCAGCGAGCCUGUCGCCCAGAUAUACGUGCAUGGAGAUAGUUUACAGGCCUUCCUGGUGGGGGUUGUUGUACCUGAUGCUGAAAUCAUGCCAGCCUGGGCCAAGAAAAGAGGCUUUGAUGGAUUUUUUGCAGAGCUCUGUGAAAAUGCGGAGCUCAGAAAAGCAAUAAUGGAAGAUAUGGUGCAGUUAGGAAAAGAGAGUGGACUUCAUUCGUUUGAACAGGUUAAAGCUGUUUACAUCCACUCCGAAAUGUUCUCUGUACAAAAUGGUUUGUUGACACCUACGUUAAAAGCUAGGAGACCAGAGCUGAGAGAAUUUUUCAAGAAACAGAUAGAAGAGCUUUAUUCAAGCAUCUCCAUCUGACACCAGGGGAAAGUUCUUCAGAACAAUGGACUCUGUAGCAACAUUAGGAUAAUACUGAAACGUGAAAAGGGCGCAGUUGAAACGAAUAAGCAUCUGACCUUCCACGCAAGCCUUCUGUUGUCGGAAGACACCACCACUGAGUAAAUUCCUUUACCAUCUAGUUCUAGUUCCUCUUGUUGUCAUGGAUGCUCUUGAAGAUUGCUUAAAAACAUACCGGACAACCGUUAAGCUACUUUCAAUCCCACUCCUUCUGAAAGCAUUUUACAGACACCUUUGUUAUUAAUACCUGCAAAAACAUAAACAGAAAUCCCUUAGCAAACAGGAAAGAAAAGCAGACUGGACCUGCACAUUUUGUAUGACACUCCUCUAAGCUCCUGGAUGAUUCAAUAAUGUGAUAGGGUUUCCAGAUGUCUCUCUGGAUGGGUACCAUUAAGAACUCUUUAGAAGCAAGCAGUUCCCAGGUUGCACAUCAUGCACACACCUUCCUUAGCAUGGUACGGCACCUUCCUUCAUGUGGUGUAGCUUCACCCUCGGCUGCUACUGCGUGCAUAUGUGGCCAAGAACUCACUGCAACUGAGCUCUUAAACGUACCAGGGUCCCACUCAGCGAGAUAUCUGACAAAGACUAGUGGUCUACCUCAAUGUUCUUGGAUGCUCAAAGCCAGAAAUAAAUCUGUUACCCUGAUGUAGAACUUAUAACUGCAAUUGUUUAAUCAUUCUUUAAAUGGUAGCACUUAUGCUUUCCCUGCAAGACAUAAAUUGAAUUCACCUUGUGCGAGCCAUUCACGAAAAGAACAGAAGGGAGGAAGAGUUUGCUUUUCAUAUGUAUGGAAGUAGGAAGAGCUUUGGAUUUCAUGCCUACUUAAUAUAGUGCAGUGGCACAUGCUGAGUGAAUGCUAACCAGUAAGUGCCAGAAAUGUCAGAAAUGUUACAGGCCCUGUAAUUCUUUGUAUUUCUCGUGUCUUGGAUGUUUCUGAAAUUAGCAAGGGAUCUCUGUGGGCUGCCCCUUUUAAAGAACUAACUGCCUUGUGUUGUGGCAGCUACCUGACAGCAACUUGCAAAACAGAAGGAUAGUUGGUAUAAACGUGCUGCAUAAUUUUGCACCUUCCACUCCCCACCACCCCAAAUAGAAUAGGAUUUUGAGUCAGAGCUUUCCCUUUUCAGCACUUUAUAGCGGUGCACUUCAGGAGAACUGAGCUGGUUUCAAAUAAUUUAAAGAGGAUGCAGAGUCUUAACAAACAGCUGUUUGGCCACAUCAUCUGACUUUAAAGCAGCUUCUCCCAGCUUCUUCUUCCACCAGGCUUGCAUCUACUCCAAGUUCCCACCUCUUAUUUUCACGCUUUCCAAUAGCAGGCACUUCUGAGCAAAUAGUACUAAAGGCUUCACUCCCUUGACAACUGUCUUGAAAGGGAUUCACUUGGCUGAAUAAUAAAAAAUAAAAUGCAGAAAAAGAGCCUGUUCCCAUAUUUUCUUAGGCCAACACCUUAGAAAUUUGCCUAAAUAAAUAUUCCAUGCUUCAGUGGAGAAACUAAUGCUUGCUCUGGAGAACCUGCACAAGCCUUCUUAUGAUGCUCAGGAAUUGCAUGUAGAUCAGGGAUGGGAAACCUGCGGGCAAACCCGGUGGUGCUAGAUACCCAACGCCCCAUCUGCCAGCACAUCCAGUAGUGAGAGCUGAUAGGACCUGCUGAAGUUCCCUCUCUCUUAUGCAACUACUAAAGGCACAGGGGCCAUGUCCCCUUUUGCAUCUGACUACCUUAAAUAUAGUCUUCUGCUCUGAAGUAGUCUUGAAUCAAGGGUUGGGGAACCUGCCGCUGGGCUGUAACUCCAUUCACACCAGACUAUUGACCAUGCUGGGCGAGGCUGAUGGGACUCAGGAGUUCAACACCAUCUGGAGGGCCACAGGUUCCCUAGCCCUGGCAUAGUUAGUACUAGUACCUGCAUAUAGGAGGACACAAGAUCUCUGCUGGAGCAAAACUAAACCCAGUCUACUCCACCAUUCUGUUUCUACAGUGGCCUGCCAGGUGUUCAUGGGAAUCCUGCAACAUGAGUGUAGCAGCACCAUCCCUACUUGUAUUCCUAACACUGGCGGUAGGUCAUAGCUAUCAAUACUAGUAGCCACUGAUAGCUUUACCCUCCAUCAAUUUGUCUCUUAAAGCCAUCCAAGCUGGUGGCCAUCAAUACCUUGCAGUAGUGAAUUCUUCAGUUUAUGCACAAAAGUAGUAUUUCCUGAAACUCCUAACAUUCAACUUCAUCGAAGAAAAGCUUUUCUAUAUACAGUGGUACCUCGACUUACGAAGGCGAUCUGUUCCGCAGCGCUCUACGUAAGUCAAGGUCUUUGGUUGUCGAAGUGCCCGCUUUGCCAUGCGCAAAGCGCGAUUUUGCGCUUCUGUGCAUGCGCCGACCGCAUGCACUGCUUCUGCGCAGCGAAAAGACUUCCGGGUUUGCCGACUUCAGAAGUCGAAAGGAAGUCGAGUAAUUCGGAUGUCGAGGUACCACUGUAUACUUUCUGCACAUCAUGCAUAAUUUUAUACACCUCUGUUAUGGAUGCAUGUUUGCCUUUUCCCCAAACUAAAAAAGCCCUAAAUAUUGGGAACUUAUAAGGGAGUUUAUUGUUUUGGUUGCCCCUUCCUGCACAACUAUUCCUCAGUGGUGGCAGUGGCAGGGUUACGUGAAUGUCUGAGUUCAAAUGCCAUAGCUAUAUGAACACAGCCAUAGAACCAAAUCCAGUGCUGACAGAUUAUAUGGCUUUCUUGAAACUGUCUCCCCAGACAUAGUUCAGAUUUUCUAAAGUUCUCAACACACAGCACUUUGCAUGGAGAAAGAAGCUUGUGACCAUAUUAAUACAGGAGCUGCUUUUGAUGUAGAUCAGCACGAGUGGAAAAGCUGAAAGAUGGUGAAUAGGAUGGCAAGGUUAUAUUUUAAAAAAAGGCUUUUGUAUACAAUAGGGAAUUUUAGCAACUGCAGUCUGCAUGACACCUGCUGAAUUUCCCCUAAUAUAUCACUAUUCAAGGAGCAGUAACUCUGGUCUUUUUUGCAUCUGGAGCUCCCUAAUGAGCCACAAUGCUCACAUAUAUUGAUAUAAGGAAAGAUCAGCUUAGAUGUUACUUUUUCCAUGAGGAAACCUGGGGGGUUUUAGGAUAUCUGAACUAUCCAUGAGACACAUCAAGAAGUCUUGGGCUUGUUUGAGCUGAAGUAGACCUACUAUCUCCAUAUCAUCUUACCAAUAACUAUGGUGUUAAAUGAUUUAUCCACAUGGAGCUGCUAAAUUGGUCAUGUUGAAGGGUGACCAAAGUGAAUUUAAGAUUGCAAGAUCUUUUUUAGAAAUUAGAGAGACAGUGAAUUAAUGAGCAAGUGUUUAUGCUGAGCCUGGUUAAUUAAUGUCUGUUCUGAACAAAUUGUUAAGAUUUCAAAAGUGACUGCAUUUUUGAAGUACUACUUCCAGUACAAAAAGUACUUCUUUUGUAGUUUUCAAAUGCCUGUUCUGAUUUCCUGAUAGCCCAGCUACAAAGGUUUCACUUUAUUCUUAAACUUAUCUGAUUAUCCAGGUUCAUUUUGUAGUUCUAUCAGUGCAAAAGCAGAAUUAAAGCCAGUAAUUUAGGCUUCACUGCUUGGGCAUAAGUCUCUCUGAACUCAACGGGACUAACUUCUAGUAGCUAUGUAUAGACUGCACUGUUAGAUCCACACUUGAAUAUUAGGCUGUAAUUUUACAGCAGAUAAUGACACCAUGUACUUUUCAUAUUCAUUGGAGGAGGAAGGUACACAAGUUUGUUGUGUUUUUUUCCCAUUUAGGAUAAGGGAAUGCUUGGGAAUGAUUUUCUAAAUGCUUACUUCCCUGAGCUAUAAACACUGGAGAAAACUGGCCCACAGAUUAAAAGUAGGUCUAUAUGAAAUUGAGGAUUUGUAGUUGGCACUGGCUUUAAAAUUCUCUCACGGCCCCAAUUUACAAUCUACAAAGGUUACUUAGAUAUUUAUUGAACUUUUACUUGAAGCAGCACAUAGGAACAUGUUGGGCAGGAUCCAGCCAAAGCCCCUUGGGUAUGAUCCAGCCACUUUUCAUUCUCUUUGAUUUCAGUUAGACAAGCAUUUUCUUAAAUCUUAGAUCUUUUCUAGUGAAACCAAGAGUUCUUAAAAUGAUUAACACUGAUUGGAGCCAGCAUAUUUUUCUUAAAGAAAAAAAAAAUUCAAUUGAGCAUUUCCCUUCAUUGAGGAAUUGCAAUUCCUUAAACCAUCAUAAGGGAAAUCCCAGUAAUCACAAUUGCCCACUCUAGUGGCUGAGUUGUGAAUGUUGUUCGAUAUACACAAACCCACACAAGUUUGUUGUUUGCUGCAGAAAAAGGAGCCAAGCUAGAGAUUGGCCCUAUAUGAUUGCUAAACAUUGCAAGAUGUAUCUGAAGAAGUGUGCAUGCACACGAAAGCUCAUACCUCUGACAAACUUAGUUGGUCUCUAAGGUGCUACUGAAAGGAAUUUUUUUUAUUUUUUGUUUCGUAUUAUACCGCAGUUAGGCAAAUAGGGCAAACACUAUGGCUUAGGGACAGAUUGCUAUCUGCCUGCUGUUUGCAAUGGAUUUUGUCUCUGGAUUCAAAUACUACAGUACUAGGGAGUAUGCAUCCUUGAACUUUAGGUGCCCUUUAUAUGAUAUGACAGUAGCAUGAGAGCCACUUACUCCUGGCUUUAUGUCACAUUUAUGCUGCAACAUUUAAGAGCCUGGCAGAACUUGAGUUAAGCAUCAUACAGGUCGUUCCCACCCAAUCACCACCCUUUUAGCUCACCUAUGAAACAAGUACAUUAGAAGAAGACAUUGCUGCUGUGCUGGUUGCCCAUGUGGCCAUGUGCUUUUAAAAGCUGUAACGGCAAAAUAUAAUGCCAUAAUUGUAAUGAAUGUGGUUCCUAUAUUAUACCCAGAAUACAAGAAGGACACCUUACCGAGUAAACAUGCAUACCCUGAACUGUCAGUACUUAAAGAAAGACAUAUGAAAGCAUAAAUCAGAAAACGAACUGGGUUUAAAUAAAUUGUAAGUUUUCCUAUACCAGCAAAUGUGCAUAUCCCAGCUAGGAUAUACACUAUUACACCAGUAUAAUCACAGGAUUACAAUGUUACCGCACCAAAGGCUACUGCUUGUGGGAAUAAUAUUUCCUACCCGAGUUUUUUGUACUAGCACUAGUACCUGAUCCUAAAAAGAUAAUGUAAUAUAUGAGAGGUAGACAAAGUGCUGCCCUACAGGUAUUGAUGGAUUAUGAGCUCCAUCAUCUCUGAUCACUGGUUGUGCUUGUGGGACUCAAGUAGAGG